AUCCAUCCUUUUCGAGCAAAAAAACAACGCAGAAAAUCUGGUGACGCAACCGACCGGCGAAGCGUGCUGCGGCAGAGUGACACUCGCCCACUCCCAGUCCCAGAGCAGCGCAGGCGGGCACAGCGCCGCCGUUCCCUCCCACUCUCCGCCGGAUCCUCCGCGCGCCGCUCCUCACUCCUCUCUCGCCACCCACAGCGACAGCGCCGCUCCUCUUUCCGUGCAUCGAGUGGAGCGAAGAGAUCCAUCCGGAAGCGGAUUGGUUUCUUCUUGAGCUGGUAUUUUAAAUGGAUUAUGGUCUCAAUCCAAUAUCUCAGAAAGAAGGAGCAUAGCACCAUUCCCUUUGAGAGACGAAUAGUCUAUAAAGAUGCCGCCCUCACCAUCACCUAGGAGAUCUCCGAAAGAGAUUUUCCACAAGAGGGGACACAGUUUUGGGAGCAUUCUGCCUGCUAAAUCAAAGGAUGACGAACUCACGUUGUUCACUGAUAUGCAGAAACAUGAGAGGGAUAACUUCUUACUUGAACCAGCAGAGGAUUUUGAUGAAUCGAUCUCAAAGUUGAGCUAUUUUCGGGAUUUAAAGCUUGGUGUCAACAUUGCUGCACAAGGAGAAAACCGUGAUUUGCUUAAUGUUGAUGGUGACAGAAACGAUUAUGAUUGGCUGUUGACUCCUCCAGAGACCCCACUUUUUCAUUCAUUGGAUGAUGAGGAAGACCAGUGCAUCGGUAUGGCUCAAAGGGGCAGGGUGCAGAUUAAACCAAUAUCAAUUUCGAGGUCAUCUACAAUGGAAAAUACUCGAAGGUCUAACAGAAGCAGUGCAAGCCCAAGUAGGCUUAGUCCAUCACCACGCUCAUGUAGCAGUCCUGUGUUGACAAGGACAAGAUCAUCGAAUUCAUCUUCUCGAUGUAGCCCACCACUUGCCCUGCAACCAGCCACACCAUCGCGAAGGUCUUCAACUCCUCCAGCUUCUAAGACAUUAACACCUCCACGAAGGUCACCAAGUCCUGCUUCAAGGAGGAUGAGUACUGGUUCAAGUGGCACGACGCUUAAUGGAAGAAGGGGAGCUUCACCAGUUAAAUCCAAUCAGAGGUCAUCUUCACCAAAACAUCACGGUUGGCAGUCAAGUGACCCUGGUUUCUCUUUUGACGCACCUCCGAACCUCCGCACAUCUCUGUCUGAUCGUCCUACCCGUUCAAGGGGUGGAUCCCCUCCAUCUUUCAGUGGAUUGGACAUGGGUUGGAGAGGCAGGAGGCAAUCAAUGUCUCCUACUCCGUCAAGAAGAGCCAGUUCAUCCCAUAGCAAUGACCGAGAUUGUUUCAGCUCGUACAGCAAAGCCUCCGCAACAUCUUCUGCUGAAGAUGAUCUGGAUGCCAUGCAGUCUGUACCAAUUAGCUACUCCAGUAGCCCAGCUGUAAGAAAGAACUUGGCAAUGAUGAAAACCAGAACUAUUGCAUCAUCAAAGAAGGCAUCCAAGAGUUUCUCCCCUAGUUCUGCUCCAAAGCGGUCCUUUGAUUCUGCAGUUUGGUUGAUGGAUCAUCGCAAAGCUCCUCAGGAUAUGUUCAGGCCACUUCUAUCAAGUGUCCCUUCCACCACAUUUGGUGUCGGCAAAGGAAAUGACGCGCACCGGCCUAUGUUGUCGCACAAUUCCUCACUCACAACAAGCAGUAAUGCAAGCUCUGAGCUUGGUGCCACUUUUGGCCCUUGUAUGGACAAUGGCCAAGAACGGCGUGAUGUAGUUGGUGAAUGUGAAGCGACAACUAGUUCCGUAAUUCAUGAGGACAUAUUUAUGUUUGAUAAAUUGGAUGAGCUGAAUGAAGGACCCAAUUUCCAUCGGUGUACUUUAGCAACAACUCAAAGUGGCCCAGAAUCACCAAGCACGGUAAAAUAUGCAGAAAGCACCAGACAUGACCUUGACAUGGAAAGACGCAGAACAGCUCAGACUUCAUGCAAUGUUGCAAGUAUUUCUGAGGUCGAACAUGGUAAAAUGGCCAGAUGCACUAGGUGUGGGAAGUUAUUCGAUGCAAUGAAUGUGGAUGGAGAAGUUGAUUACUGUGAAGAAUGUGCUUUAAUAGAUGAGAUUUCUUUUUUGGACCCUAAGAUACAGACUUUGGAAGAAACACAUCGACAAGAUCACAAAACUACAAACUCCAAACCUUUCUUUACAUCAGAAGCUCCUCAUAUAAGCCCAGAUUGCAGUGAAGAUAUUAAUGAGGCGUCUCUUGACAGUCAGCUGGUGAAUGAUGAACCUCAAGCUGAUUGUCUGCAAAGGUGUACUCUAUCUCAGUCAACAGUGGACACCACUGAGGAAAUGCUGUUGGGGCAUCAUGUGGAGAAUCUUGCUGAAAAUUUAAGGCCACAUGAUACUGGUGACUCUUCACUAGGAAAUAUCACUGACAUUUCAUCCCAUCAAUAUAGUGGAAGUGAUUCUCAACAAACAGAACCAACAUCUGUAAUUAAGUGUGCCAUUUUAAGAGACCAUACUGGCGACCGACACAAUGAAAUGACCCAAUGCCUGCCAGAUUCAAUCUGUGAAAGCAUUGAAUUUGUUUCUGAUACACGUACCAUUGAUAAUUAUCAUAAACUGGGAUCAGUUGGGCAUCCAAAUCUUAAGGCUGAAAAUAUUGAGGGUGCUGGGAUUUCAGUACUCUUAUUGCAGAAGUCAAGCAGCAACAAAUGGCCUGUUGUAGAAGGGAGACCCUUAGCUGCUACAAACAUUCUCUGUUCGGAACCCUAUUAUACAAGGGAUAAUGUCAGUAUGCUGAAGCGAACAAUUGGAAGGGACAGCUCAUCAGCUGCUUCUUCCAUUGAUCAAGGGUCAUCAAGGCAACCAGAUGUACAUUCAGAGCGCCUUAAAAGUAAUUGGUAUGACUUUGAGAAGACUCAGAUUAGUAGUUCCAUGAGUUGUCAAAGCAUUGCAUCUAUGUCUAAUAUGUCAAUUAGCAAUUCUUCAGUUUCACUUUGUCCUCGGAGUGAUGCAAUUGUAGAUACUGGCUUCCUAACUGACAAUUCAGAAAGUAGUGCUUCAAGAACAAUGAUUUGUACUGAAGAACUUGAUGGAUCUUGUAAGUAUACUCUCUCAAGCGCUAUAGAGUGCUGGUCUGCUGCCCAGGCUAUUGUUAAUGAUGAUAGUGAAUCAUUUGGAGAUGCAGUUAUUCAGAACGAAAGUACAGGUGGGAUGGCUCACAAAGAUAACUUAAGUGCCAACUUGUGUUCAUCAGAUACCGAAAUGCGUAGUAAUAUCCCACUGUCUUUGGCUACUGAUGAAAGUUGCACACAAAAAACUGAAGAAGCUACAUCUGCUGUCACUCAGUGCUAUUCAGUUGGCACUCCAGAACAUCCAAGCAACGAGUGUGGCAUUGAUAAUUAUCAAAUGCAGUAUGAAGCAGUUCUGGCUUCUAAUGAGGUAAAUGGGUUGGAUGAUUGUUGUGUGUCUAUCAUCUCUGAGGAGGAUGUGUUGGUUUCUGCAACAGUGGCUAACACAAUGGAGCUUCCUGGUGAUGAAGAAUCACCGGUUUCAGUUGAGGGAUCAAGCGAACAAACUCAGAGAUGCUUCACCUUAGAAGAGGCUACUGAUACAAUUCUCUUAUGUAGCUCAAUUGUUCAUGACAUUGCAUAUAGGGCUGCAACAAUUGGACUGGAGCGUGAGCAAGAAUCGGAACUUGCUUCUGCUCCUCGCCCAACAGUUACCAUGGUAGGAAAAUUCAUUCCGAAGGGGGAUAGUUCACUGAAGCUGCCCCACAGACGAAUGCCAAGACACAGGAAAAGAUCAGAAGGUGGAACCAUCACAGAAACUGCUGAGAUGGAAGUAGUUGCUAAAGAUCCUGUACCUGUGCGUCCUGUUCCUGAAAUUUCAAGGACAUCUGAUAGCAUGAAGCCUCCAAAGCUCGAAUCAAAGUGCAACUGUGCAAUUAUGUAGAGUUGCACAUCAAUCCGAUGUGCCAAGGACACUUAUGAUCUAUGUUGAAUCCAUGGUUGCUAGUUGUUUUUGCCGCAGAAAUGAACCUGCACCCACCUGCUUCAGUCAGCAUUGACAACCAAUGAGUUCGGAACAGGUUUCUGCUACAAAUUUUUCUGGUGGCGGUGAAUUUGAUCUUUUUUUUUGGGGGGGGGGGGGGGGGGAGGUGCUCAAUUUCUUCUGUAAAUUCUUGGUUCUCCUUUUUGGUCUCCGUGUUUAUUCCAUGAAGUUUUGCUUGUCAUGUCAUCCGGUUUUAGUUUGUGCAGAGUGUGCAAUUUCAGUUCCUCGCAAAGGGAGGGUGUGAAAUUCCUACUUCAGAUGUUUGUGUUAAUGUGUGUAUUCUUUCACAACGAAUGCGAACGUGCCUUGUUAUGGUGUCGCACAUUUGUGGAGUGCACCCGACAUGUCUGCAUACCUGACAGGGGGUGCAGUGCAAGUGUAGGUUUUGACUCAAUGGCAAUACAUUGUAUCUAUACAUAGGAAGUUGUAAAUGUAUAUUGGUUUAUCUUCACGGUGUUGGCCAGAAGAAAAGAAAUAAGGGAAUUGUGUUGUUAAGCAGAUACCAUUUCAUGACUGAGUGAUUGCAAUUGAUUGUUUGAGUGCAACUUCAGGACCAGCGUCGAGAGUGCCCCAAACGGUGCAUCCCCUUGUAAUUCCUCUUCCUGCAGGAAUUCUGUGUAUUGUGGCCCUGUUUGGGAUGGCUCCGAAGUCUUGUAUGUCGUCUCCAUGUAUCUUACAUGCUAUAAA